CAAACACACGACACAAGAAAAAAAGAACACCGUACUUCCGUAACGUCACUUAUGACACGUAUUCAAAAUGGCGGCCGCGGCUAUGGGGACGUGGUGGGCCUUGGUGCUGCUAUUGCCUCUGGUCCGGCCCUUCUAUGUUCCUGGAGUUGCUCCCCGGGACUUCCAUGAUGGUGACACAGUGGAUAUUAAGGCAGUGAAGCUGACCAGCUCCCGUACACAGCUUCCCUAUGAAUACUACUCCCUGCCUUUCUGUAAGCCAGAAUCUGUUUUCUACAAGGGAGAGAACCUAGGUGAAGUGUUACGUGGGGACCGUAUUGUGAAUACCCGCUACAAUGUUGAGAUGAACAAGAACAAGAAAUGUGAGAUGGUUUGCAACAAGAAAAAACUCAGCAUAGAAGAAAGCAAGCUGGUUGCUGAGCGAAUCCAGGAGGAGUAUUAUGUUCACCUUAUUGCAGACAACCUGCCAGUUGCAACCAGGUUAGAGUUUUACCCUAACAGAGAAGCUGGAGGGGAUGAGGAGCCGAAGAAAGACAUGGUGAAAGAUAUUCAGUUUGAACAUGGCUACAGACUGGGCUUUGUCGACAGUAACAAGUUUUAUCUGCACAACCACCUGUCCUUCAUUCUAUACUUCCACAAAGAAAAGCUGGAGCAGGGGGAAGUUCACAAUUACAGGGUGGUGCGAUUUGAGGUCAUACCCCAAAGUGUAAAAGUAGAUGAUCUGAAGGCUAUGGAAAAUGAGAGGACUUGCACCUUGCCUGAGGCAAGUGGUUCUGCUCCCCAGGAGAUUGACCCAACCAAGGAGAAUGAGGUCCUCUUCACCUACUCUGUCCACUGGGAGGAGAGUGAGGUGAAGUGGGCGUCUCGAUGGGACACGUACCUAACCAUGAGUGAUGUCCAGAUUCACUGGUUCUCCAUUGUCAACUCUGUAGUGGUCGUCUUUUUCCUGUCUGGUAUUUUGAGUAUGAUCAUUAUCAGGACCUUGAGGAAGGACAUUGCUAAUUACAACAGAGAGGAUGACAUAGAGGAUACUAUGGAGGAGUCAGGAUGGAAGAAUGUCCAUGGUGAUGUCUUCAGGCCGCCUCAGUAUCCCAUGAUCCUCAGCUCUCUGCUGGGCUCAGGGAUUCAGCUCUUUUGCAUGGUCCUCAUUGUCAUCUUUGUUGCCAUGUUGGGUAUGUUGUCUCCAUCCAGCAGAGGGGCCUUGAUGACCACUGCUUGCUUCCUCUUCAUGUUCAUGGGUGUAUUUGGUGGCUACUUUGCUGGUAGACUGUACCGCACACUGAAAGGCCAUCGAUGGAAGAAAGGAGCUUUUUGUACAGCAACUUUGUAUCCUGCAGUGGUUUUUGCAAUCUGCUUCGUCCUCAAUUGUUUCAUCUGGGGCGAACACUCAUCUGGGGCAGUUCCCUUCACCACAAUGAUGGCCCUGCUAUGUAUGUGGUUCGGUAUCUCCAUGCCCUUGGUGUACCUGGGCUAUUACUUUGGAUUCCGCAAACAGCCAUAUGAUAACCCAGUACGCACUAAUCAGAUCCCUCGUCAGGUUCCCGAGCAGCGCUGGUACAUGAACAAGUUUGUAGGAAUCCUAAUGGCUGGGAUCCUACCAUUUGGUGCCAUGUUCAUCGAACUCUUCUUCAUUUUCAGUGCCAUCUGGGAGAAUCAGUUCUACUACCUCUUCGGCUUCCUGUUUCUGGUCUUCAUUAUCUUGGUGGUCUCCUGCUCCCAGAUCAGUAUUGUCAUGGUUUAUUUCCAGCUCUGUGCAGAGGACUACCGAUGGUGGUGGAGAACUUUCCUGGUUUCAGGAGGCUCCGCGUUCUAUGUCCUCAUUUACGCCGUCUUCUACUUUAUCAACAAGCUGGACAUUGUGGAGUUCAUCCCUUCCCUCUUGUACUUCGGCUAUACAGCCCUGAUGGUCCUGUCAUUCUGGCUGCUAACUGGCACGAUUGGCUUUUAUGCAGCCUACAUGUUCAUCAGGAAAAUCUACGCUGCAGUCAAGAUCGACUGAGUCAUCACUGACGCUGCUGUUCCUGUAGUUUUUUGUUUGUUUUUUGGUCACAUUCUGUUUUUUUUUUAAUGUAUAUAUUUUUUACUCUUCAUGUCCAACAAGCACUGACUUGUGUGCCGAGGGAACUGAGAGGGGUGCUUUUUACGGCGCAAAAGCCCCACCCACUGGCCUCAUAAGGAAGAACAGCAAGGUGGCAGAGCUAAACCAGCUGUUUCUCUCUUUCCCUCUCCCUCCUCGCUUCUACCCCCAUCCUCCUUCCAGGACAGAAACCCAGAGGGAAUUCUCCUCUGAUGAGACAGUCAAUGUCCUCAGCUGUUCCAUCUUGCACACAACACGGUGGGCCAAAUCUUGUCAAAUGAUGGUUUCUGCACAUUUUCAUUUUGUCUUUUCAUUUGUGUUAGGAGUCUAACUCAUCCAGGUUUUUAUUUUUUUCACAAGAUUUAUCUCUGAUUUAAUUACUUUCAGUCAUCUUCUGGGAAGCUGUUUUCAUCUGAUUUACAAAUUCUAUCUUUACGCUUUACAUAUUCUGUUUUAAAAUGUCACUUUGGUUUCAUUUUGGAGACUUUGUAGAUCAGCGAAGGAUUGGGGAGUCUUAAUUGUGGUGUUAUCUUUGUUGUGUUGAACUGAUUGAAUGGAAAAUAUGCUGGGAAGUUCUACAUUGUAACACAAGAAAGGAUAAAUUAAACAUUCUAUUAUUUUUUA